AGAGUCAGUUAUUCAAUUAUGCUAAUGCAAUCACGUCUCCACGGCACACGAACCUGGACUUUCAGGACCAUUAUCAGAAUGUUCCUAAACACAACUCAAGUUAGACCAACUGUUUUUAUACUUCAGGCUUCGCAAUCGUACUAAUGGUCCAAUUCUAAGCAUGAUAAUUUUUUAAUCUUAGACCUUAUUCAUACUCAGAUAAAUAAAUUCAUUUUUACCCUCAGACAGUAGAUGUUUUUUUUUGCCAAAGUUUUUUUAGUAAUGGAGCAAAUUACUCAUUUCCCAAGCUGAUAAACUUUGUGUGAGUAAUUUAACACUAAAUUGUUAUGCGAAAUUGCGAGCUCCAGUACAACUUUUAGAGGACAAAGUGCGGCAUUGUACCGAUAAAGGGAUAGUGACUUUAAAUGCGGAGAUUUGGUAUUUACGUUCAUCUCGAUGAAUUUUCCUUCUCAACGAAUUCAAAUAUUCACUCAACUACCAUGUAUAUUUCUUCUAAGUGAAAUUAGCACAAUAUUUCAUACAUUUCUGCCUCUCACGUAAUAUUAAUUGUAAUGAUCGUGUGCAAUUGAAUAUGACCCAAAUGAGGAUCAUUAUCCUAACACUUUCAAUACCUCACGAAAUAUCAAUUCCCAGCCAAUUGAAUUAAUUUGAAAAAGAAAACUUAAAUACUGCCUUGUUGGUCAUUGCGAAAUCCAUUUAAUUCUUACGGAGCGAGGAUAAAUGAAUAUCUGAAUUUUUUGUUUGGAACAUUUAACAACAUUUUUAUAAGAUUAAUCGUUUUCAAGUAGAUUUGGGCAUCAAAUGAUCACAAGAAACUGCGAACCCCAUCAAUGCUAGACUCUAUUACAAUAAAUAAUUAAUAACACAAAAUUAUGGAAUACUGAAUUGUUUGCUAUAUUCAGGAAAAUAAAACCAAGAACAUAUGAACUAUAUAUACAUAAACCAUUGAACUCUGAUUGAAAAAAAUAAGUUGGAAAAAUUCUCCUAUGCCCCGAGGAAUUUACUCCAACUAUAUUAUAUUGUGCAAUAGUGUCCCGAGGCUAGGUGACAUCGAGGGAAUAUGAUUCUCAACUGGACCGAACAGUCCUCACCAGUCGUUGGCAAUUGUUACAUUUAUAUCACUCACACCAGCAAUAAAAUCUGCUUUUUUACGACGACUUAUCGCUUUUCUUAAUUCGCACCGGCCUCAUUAAGAUCUAAUAGACUAGAGAUAUCUAUCAAUAUGCAAUAUGCAUGGCUCAAGUUGUGCACACACAACAAUAAAAAUCAUAAUAAAUUGUCGAGGAAAUUGUGGAAAAGGCUUAAUUCGCUCAGGGCGUUUGUUUCAGGGGACAGAGUAAACUGCCAGUGAUCGUUACCACGCCUAUUUUUAUCAUUUUUUUUUCCUUGGCUAUUGACCGGGCAACUACCGCGAUAGAUCACUCAUGAGGACCUUUUGUGGUAUAAAUACCUCGCCGUGUAUGCUGGAUCGUUCAGUGUGUAAACUGAAAUCCUUUGAAGAAGUUAUUCCUACUAUUAUUUUGGUUGAGUAUCUAUCUGUGAUUCAUCAUGAUGCUGAAGAUAUUAACAUACGCGAGUUUGAUGGUCGCAGCAAAUGCCUACUUAAGCCACCAGCUUCCAAGACCAAUUGCCCACUCACCUUACUACAAUCACAAUGCCCUAGCCAGUCAUUAUGGAUACCACGGAGGCUAUGCUACCAACAACUACAACCAUAUUCUUCCGCAUCAUCAUGCCGCAGCUCAUCCCUGGGCAGUUUCACCAGGAGUUCACAAUAACAACCUGAAUCCCCAUCAGUACUUUAACGGCGGACUGAUUCAACCUCACUUACCCCACCCAACAGUCUCGAAUUAUGCCCAUUCAACGGCCCUAACUCCAACCACCCAACAAGUUGUCCACAAAAAUCAUGUUGUACCACCCUCGAUUCAAGCAGUAAAUCAACCAGCACCAGUGCGACCGAUAAACUAUCAACAUCGUCCGGUUAUUCCCCCAGUAUUCUCCCAUCACACAAGUAUGUAUGAACAAAACGGCUAUCAAAAUCAUGGCAACUGGGCCUGGUAAAUUCCUUCGUCUCCAGAUUAUUAUUGAAAUUUUGUAAUUGAAUACGUGGUAUCGCAUAGUUUUUAAUUGUUAUUAUGAAAUUUAAUAAACUUUUUUAACUCACCAA